CCCCGCUGCCAGCAUUACAAAAGCAGCAGUGGGGCUGGGCAGCUCCAGAUGCUGCAGCAGGGCUGCGAGGAGAGCAGGCACUGGAAGCACAAGAAGACACAGUGUGAGCAAACUCCCAAGGAAGACGUGGGGCAGGAGAGGAGCCGAGCGGCGAACUUACCAGGCUCGGGGACGUCUCCAGAGAUGAGCGAGUAUGCAGGCAGUGACCUCUCCUGCUGCAGGGUGCCACAUCCAAAUCCCCAAAAUUCAUCUUCAGAGCCAGUCUUCUCUUUUUCUUAUUCCUACAGGAUGAGGAUCCUUAUUGGAAGUCUUUAUUUCUACUUCGUUUCUUUCUUAUUCAGUAGAGUAAAUGGAUUCCUAACUCAGAGAACAUCUCCAGCGUCUUCCUUCCUAUUUUAUAACUACUCUUACUUAAACUUCUCUUCUGUAGCAGAAGCACAAGCUCCCAAAACAGCAAGAGUUCUCAACUUCUCACACAAUGCAAUUGAAAAAAUAACCAAAAGAGACUUUGAAGGUUUUGAUGUACUGGAAGUUUUAGACCUUUCCUACAAUCACAUUAAGGACAUUGAACCAGGUGCAUUUGAGAACCUGCUCAGCCUUGUUUCUGUGAAUUUAUCCUUUAAUGAUAAGAAUCUUCUGGUUCCUGGUCUUGCACCUCACCUGAAACUCAUGCCGACCAGCGGAGCCCCAGGGCCUUCACAGAUUUGCAUGUAUUUUCAAAAAUCAGCAGAGGCCGCUCUGAAGCCUCCUGCACCAGCUGAACUGCUGCCACAUUUGGAAGAUCCCUCUGAUCUGGGAAGUGUUAAACCAAGUUUCAGACGAAGAAGAGCAGAGGAAAAUACAACUUCCCCUCCAACAGCCACGCUGAGGCCUGACACCUGUGCAGCACCAAUCAACGGGUUACUUGAUCUGUCAAGGAGCAAACUGUCUGAUGAAGAGCUGACGGCAAAACUGGAUCCAGACCUCUGCCAAGCUCAGCUGGGUGCUGUUUUGGAGUUUAACAUUAGUCACAGUGAGCUGGAAAUGGAUCUUCUCUCUCUGUUCAUCCUGUUUUUGCCAAUGGAAGAUAUACAGUCCGUUGAUGCCAGCUACAACAAAAUAACAAUUAACAACAUAGACGUUGAAGCGAUCUGUCACUUCCCAUUCAGCAACUUUUCAUUUUUAAAUAUUAGCAACAACCCCAUAAACAGCUUGGAAACCAUGUGCCUCCCACCAACCAUUACGGUCAUUGAUCUGUCCUUCACAAACAUUAGUACAAUACCUGCGAAUUUUGCUAAAAAGUUAUCUAAAUUAGAACAUAUGUACGUUCAAGGAAAUCAGCUCAUAUACACGGUACGUCCAGAAAGCCUCAGUGCAACCCCUAAGCCUCCCCCUGGAACUGUACACAUCAGCGCCAUUUCCUUUGUCAGAAACCAGGCCGGUACACCCAUCGAAAGCCUUCCAGAGAGGGUAAAACACCUGAAAGUGUCCAACUGCUCCAUUGUAGAACUUCCAGAAUGGUUUGCCAACAGAAUGCAAGAAUUACUAUUUCUGGAUCUCAGCAGCAAUCGGAUUUCCAUGCUUCCCGACUUACCUAUCUCUCUGCAGCAUCUCGACGUAAGUAACAGUGAUAUUAAAACGAUACCUCCUAGUUUUAAAUCUCUCUCCAACUUAACCACAUUUAAUAUUCAAAAUAAUAAAAUUACAGACAUGCAUCCCGAAUACUUCCCGUCAACUUUAACAAAAUGUGAUAUUAGUAAAAAUAAGUUGAAGGUACUGUCACUAAGCAAAGCCCUGGAGAACCUCGACUCUCUUAAUGUUUCUGGAAACCUACUAGCCAGACUGGAACCUGUCAGCCAGCUGUCUGCACUCGCUAACCUGGACAGUAGCCACAAUCUGAUUUCAGAACUCCCUGACCACUUUGGGCAAUCUCUCCCAAUGCUGAAGUAUUUUAAUCUGUCAGGGAAUAAGAUCUCCUUCCUACAGCGCGGCUCUCUCCCAGCUUCUCUGGAGGAGCUGGACAUUAGCGACAAUGCCAUCACUACCAUAGUGCAAGAUACUUUUGGGCAGUUAACAAGCCUGAGUGUUUUGACUGUUCAAGGGAAACAUUUUUUUUGUAACUGUGACUUGUACUGGUUUGUGAAUGUCUACAUGCGUAACCCACAUUUGCAGAUAAAUGGCAAAGACGAUCUCAGGUGCAGCUUUCCACCAGACCGACGGGGCUUGCUGGUGAAGAGCAGUAAUCUCACACUCCUGCAUUGCUCCCUGGGCAUUCAGAUGGCCAUUACAGCUUGCGUGGCCAUCCUGGUUGUGCUGGUGCUAACAGGCUUAUGUUGGCGCUUUGAUGGGCUGUGGUAUGUGAGAAUGGGCUGGUACUGGUGUAUGGCAAAGAGGAAGCAGUACAAGAAGAGGCCAGAAAAUAAGCCCUUCGAUGCCUUCAUUUCAUACAGUGAGCACGAUGCAGAGUGGACGAAAGAGAAUCUACUGAAAAAACUGGAAACUGACGGGUUCAAGAUAUGUUAUCACGAGAGGGAUUUCAAACCGGGGCAUCCUGUUCUUGGCAACAUUUUUUACUGCAUAGAGAACAGCCAUAAAGUCCUUUUUGUUCUCUCUCCCAGUUUCGUAAAUAGCUGCUGGUGUCAGUAUGAACUGUAUUUUGCUGAACACCGGGUCCUGGAUGAAAAUCAGGAUUCCCUCAUUAUGAUUGUGCUGGAAGACCUCCCGCCCAACAGUGUGCCUCAGAAGUUCAGCAAACUCAGAAAGCUGCUGAAAAGAAAAACCUACUUAAAGUGGAGCCCCGAAGAACACAAACAGAAGAUUUUCUGGCAUCAGCUAGCAGCUGUCCUAAAAACAACCAACGAACCGCUGGUGAGAGCAGAAAAUGGACCCAACGAGGAUAUAAUUGAGAUGGAAUGAGAGACAAGGACUCAUGAAAACUGCGCCUGGAAAGUCUGCAGUCCAAUAAAAGUGUUUCCAUGAUUACCUUCUGCAAAGCCUGCUGUGUUGCAACUGGGGUUUGUCUCAGGUCAGUUCCAGGAGAGGUUACUGAUGGCUUUGUAGGAUGCACGUUACUCGAUCUGAAAAAAUAAUCCACGAUCCGUAGGGCUGAGACCUGAGCACUGGCAAACAGCCUUUCAUUUCCAGGUGCUUGAUUUUCUUCAGCUAUUACUAACGUUUCUUAAAAUGUUGUGGUUGUCACCUGAAAGGAAGAACAGCUUGAGUCACGCUGCAUAUCCUAACUAUCUUUUGGAGAUUACUGCAGAGAUAAUAAGAAGUAGUGUCAUUCAAAUACAACGUGCUUCAGAUCCUUAGUUCUAGUACAGCUUCAAAUAGAAUGCACUGUGGUUACAGCCAGGAAAAGCACAAACUGCAAUAGUAUCCAGGUAACACUUUCCUUCUGUGGGUUAGCACAAAAAGAUUAAAGUCUGUAUAGCCAUCUGA